CCACAGGACAUUUCCUGAAACACCUGCACCUGCCUGCAGUGUACCCAUGGCCCCGGGAGGAAUGGAUGUGAGCUUUGUCACUGCGUUGGCUGUGCUGGCGGCUGCAGUGAGCCUUACAUCCCCAACUUUAUUUCCUGAGGCCUUCAACUGUUGCACGAAAAUCUCAGAAGAAAUUCCUAAAGGAAUUCUCCGAAGAGUGGAGAGAUUUGAAGUCCAGAAACAUGAUGGCCUGUGCCACCUACAUGCUGUUAUCCUCCAUAUAGAAGGCAGAAAGUUCUGUGUAAGUCCACGGAUUAAAAGACUUAAAAAAUGGAUGAAGAAGAAUAAACACAAGAUCCCCAGAAAAAGACAUCAUGGAAGAAAACAGAGAAGAACCAAAACAUUGAAAAAAAGAAGAGAAUAAACAGUAACAAGAAGCAAGCCCCAUAAUGAAGGUACCUGUGGCAUACAGAACUGUGAACAAAGUUACCAGACUGCAUCAAGGAUGGAUGAUUACACCAUUAAAAUGACCUUUCAAAUAUCUAUGUGCUAGACGAACCAUCACCUGUAAACAAGAAUAAUGUUGGGCCAACUACAAACAAAACAGCAAAAUGGUGUUCCUGAAAGUGUCUUGUAGCAAGUGCUCUGCUGUCCCUCCAAAUCUAUGGAUGCACUUAAAUCCUCCCCUCUCCAACUCUGUUUUCAUUGCUACCUCCCUUGAUUUUUACUUGAUGUGCCAAUAUUCCUUCUCAGUGCUCCAUUCAUCUAAGCUCCUUUUUUGUCCCUACUGGCAUCUUUUUUUUUCUGCAAUACCUUUGUGCUGUUGCCUCUUUUGUUUCUACUCUUUCAGUCAUUAACUAUGAUUUUUUUUCUUAACUAGUCUUACAGAUACCUUUCCAGAUACUACUCUAUGAUGGCCUACACGUUCUUUGCCUAUUCCAAACACUUCCUGCUCUCAUCCAUUGUUAUCACUGGAAACACUAUCCAAAGCAAUGCAGUAAAGAUAAUCCCUAUUGCUUUUGUUCAUUUCAUUCCCUCUUUACUGCAUUUGAGAAAUUAGUUCCUCAGAGUUAUCUCUAGUAUUUGUUUUUUUUCAUUUUAUGUCUAACUUCAUACUGCAAACAUGGGAGAAUGCUUGGCAAAUGACAGUAGAUAGAACAAUCUGUAAAUCCUCUAAAGUAAAGAUGAACAUCUAUAUCAAGGUUACUAGAGAAUGAAUAGCAUAUGUCCACAGAUACAUAUCUGAUGAAAGGAACUCUUUCCAAAACAGAUAAAAGACAACAAGAAGUAUAAUUAUAAUCUCUGAUGAGCCAACAGUGUCCUAACAGAGAUGAGGCAACUCUUCUUUCAGUUUCUGGGGAAUACUGUGUACUGGCACAGCUCCACCCUGCUGCCAGGAGUAGGAGAACAUUCUGAUCAUACACAGGAGUUCUUCAUCCCCACUGCCUUGUGCUGCACGAUGGGGUGGCCUGGAUGAUACAAACUGAAAUGAUGCUUGAGUUAGCCAUUUCAUUUCUAUCCUGAUGCUGCUCUAAGUGCAUGUCAUAUGUACACAGCACAUGUGUAUUAGAGUCCAAAACUAAUGGGGCCAGGUCAGCAGACUGUCAUGAAUACUAAAUUGCUGCAAACAUAUUACACUGUUUUGUCAAUUUCUUUUCUUCCUCGUGCUCUAAUGAUUCCAAAUUUUACCUUCAUUCUUCUUUCUUGAGUAACAGAUUUCCAGGAGGGCUGAUGACGAUGUCUCAGCUCCUCAUAUUCUUUCCAUCAACACAACCAGUGGUUUUAGUGCAUGUGGGCUUUACCUAAGUAUGGACUAAAGUACUGUCUGUACUCUAAUUUCUGUGACUGUUCUAUCAUAGAUAUUCAGCAUAUUCAGAAAAACAGCAAAUUGGGAUAUAACUGUAGUUCUGUAGUUUUUGAUAACUGAAAUUGCUGCAGUGCCACAGAUAUUUUAAGACCCAGAGAGAUAUGCAACUUAAAUGCAAUUACAAUUCUUGCCUUUAUCAAGCUACUUUAAAAGACAGACUUUGAUAGUUUUGUUUAUAUCUUUCAGUUCUUUGGAGUGUUCAUUAUCUCAUAUAAGGUUCUUAUGGAUACUUUAGAUCAAAUAGAGAGAUUACGAGAAGGUAGAAGUCAUCUCCAAGCUGACAAGUGUAUUUUGGCUGCGUUCCUUUGCAUUCUUUUGGAAACUGAAAUUAGGAAUAAUUUCUACAAAUCAUUCAAUGUAAAAAGCUUUCCAUAACAUUGGUAUAUAAAAUAUCAAGGCAACACUUUAAAGAUCCACUCUCUGGUAGAGUAGGUUUAUUCCUGAACCCUGACACACAAAUAUGACAAAGAACCAUCCAGCUAGCAAACCUUCAGUUAGGAGAUGUCACACCCUCUGUACCUGAGUGUUAUUUUUGACCUUUGCUAUUUUGUACUUGGCAACAAAAUAAAAUCAAUUUUUUUUUUUCCAGUAAAGUCAU